GAGACCGGAGACACGGCGGAGUCUCGCUGCUAAGGAGACUGCAUCAGCGCCCGCCCCCUCCUGUUGCCGAGGGAUUGGCGCACCAACAUGCCCUUCCAGAAACACGUCUACUAUCCGUUCGCCGGUGGCCAGGAGGGCCAGGUACCUACUUCCAGCUCAACGCUGCAUUGCCCGGCCCGCUCCACAGUGUCCGGGGUGGCCGGCAUGGCCACGGGCGGCGCGGGGCCCUUCCCCUUCUUCCAAUUCCGGCCUCGGCUCGAGAGUGUGGACUGGAGGCGGCUCAGCGCGAUCGACGUGGACAAGGUCGCUGGCGAGCUGGACUUCCUCACGCUGCAGGAGAACAUCAUGAACAUCACCUUCUGCAGGCUGGAAGACGAGAAAUGUCAUCACUGCCAAUCCGGGGUGGACCCGGUGCUGCUGAAGCUGGUCCGCCUGGCCCAAUUCACCAUUGAGUACCUGCUGCACUCGCAGGAGUUCCUCACCGCCCAGCUGCAAGCCUUGGAGGAGAAACUGCGCCUGGCCCUGGGCGAAGUGGAGCAGAGCAAGAAGUUGCUGGCCAAACAGGGGACGGAGAUGAGGCUGCUGAAGGACGAGUGCAAGCGGAGGAAGAAGAUGAUCACCACACAGCAGAUGAUGAUUGAGGCAAAAGCCAGCUAUUACCAGUGUCAUUUUUGUGAAAAGGCUUUUAUGAAUCAUGCUUUUCUGCAAAGUCAUAUUCAGCGACGCCAUCCUGAAGAAUCUCACUUUGGAGACUUUAGGAAGAAGUCCCAGACUGACAGGCUACAGACUGAGAUUGAAAUGCUGAAGGAGCAAUUACAACUCACCAAAUCUCAGUUGGAAGCUGAGCAGCAGGCUCAUAUGGUCAGGUUUUCUAAGGAAUAUGAAAUCCAGAAAUCAAAAGAGCAAGAAAUUCUGAAGUCAUUUGAUAGAUGGAAAGAAGAAGAAAAAGAGAAGUUAAUUGAUGAAAUGGAGAAAGUAAAAGAGAUGUUUAUGAAGGAAUUUAAAGAAUUAACUUCUAAGAAUUCAGCAUUAGAAUAUCAAUUGCUGGAGAUACAGAAGUCCAACAUGCAAAUAAAAUCCAAUAUAGGUACAUUAAAAGAUGUUCAGGACUCUAAAGAAGAAAAACUUCAGUAUUCACAGGAUUUCCAAAAUAUGAUGCAGCUUCUUGAUAAUCAGGAGAGUAAGUGGACUUCUAGAGUUCAAGCUCUUCACCAAGAACACAAGAAAGAAAAAAGCCAGCUCCUGUCACAUAUAGAAAAACUGCGAACAUCUAUGAUAGAAGAUUUGAAUUCAAGUAAUGUUUGUUAUAAGAAAAGGAUAGAGGAACUAGGGCAGCAAAUCCAAGAACAGAAUGAAUUGAUUAUUUCUCAGAAACAGCAGAUUAGAGAAUUUGUCAGCAAACCAUUACACACAAUCAGUGAGCAGAAUGGGAGUUCUUCUACAAAGCAGACUUUGGAAAAACCUGUGCCAACUAUACAUAUGAAUGCUUUGGCGUUAAAGAGUUUGGAUUCUAAAUCAAGUCAAACAGUAGUGCAAGAACAGGUAUCCAAGUUGCAAAUACUGGAACCGAUAGAGGAACUUUCAGAUGAAGAAAAAGGAAAAGAGAAUGAGAAGAAAUUAACUAAUAACAAACUGCACUUGAUAAAAGCUUUGAAGAGCAAUCCUUCUCUCACUAAAGAAUUAAGAACAGUCUUAGAACAGAUUUUGGUGGAGAAAAUGGAAAACUUGGGAAUUAGCCCAGGUGUUCGUGGUAUUCCCACUAAGCACUUGAAUCGAGUGCUAAGUACUAUUGAAAUUGAAAGGCAAGAGAAAGGAAAGCAAGUGCCCAAAGUACAGGAGAUUAGAGACUUUCUGGAAUAUAAAGUCAGCUGCAAGAUGGAGGAAAAAAGCUCAGUGAAUUCAAACAGACUUCUUACCAAUCCUUUGCUUUUUUCAGAUAAAGCUAUCAUGACCCAGUUGGAAGUUUCCUCAGUUGGAGAAUUACCUAGAGUGACAAAGUCAUCUUCAAAAACUAAGCAUCUGGUCAAACAAAAAGCUGUUCCUGAUGAGGAGAUACAUCUGCCAAUGAAAAACACUGUAGAAGAGCAUUUUCUUAAAAAGUCUUCAAGUAUUUCGACUCCUCCCUUUAGUUCUGAGGAUGAAUUAGAUGAGGAUGGCAUCAUUCAGUCCUUUGUAUCCCCAGAAUUGCUUCACAAACCGUCUGUAACCAGCCUCCACUCUUUUAGAAAUGAUGCUGCCAAAAGUGACACCGAAUGGUCCGAAGGAAGUGAAAUCGAAGAUAUUGAAAUCCCUACAAAACCUGUAGAAGGUACCUACGUUAAGUUGCUAACUGAAAAAGUUGAAAAGACAGUCUCAAAUCACAAAAAUGUAAAUAAACCAGUCGGUGGAAUUAAUGUUGCUGAACCAUUUGUUAAAAAGGAAGAAUCACAAGAAGAAUUAAAGUGUGCAGAUGUAGAGGAUGAGGACUGGGAUUUAUCAUCCUUGGAGGAAGAAAAGUCUUCGAAAAAAAAUGUGGGGAAAAAACCAAGUGCAACUUCACUUUUAAAGAUUGAAUCUAAUACCACUCAAGUUACAAGUGCCUGGAGUACAUAUGCUCCCAAAGUGCCCAAAGCAGAAGUACUUCCAGAAGCUGAUACAAGUACAUUAAAAAGCAGCUUAGUAACUGUAACUGACUGGAGUGACUCUUCGGAUAUAUAACUUACCAUGCUUUGUCAGAUGUGACUUCCUGGUUCCAAUGCUGAUCUCAGUAAUUUGUCCACAUGGUUCUAACUUUCAUGCCUUAUUGUAAUUCUCACAGUGACAAGGAAGCUUAUUCAAAGAACAAAG